AUGACUUCAAAUGGCGCAGUCCCAGACCUGCCCGAGUCGGUCUCUAAGCCUCCUGAUGGCGUCGUUCUACCUCCAAAGGAUAUCCGCGCGAUCAUUGAGAAGACCGCAGGCUAUGUCGCUCGUAACGGAACGGUAUUCGAGGAUCGCAUUCGAGACAAAGAAGUGUCAAACCCCAAAUUCUCCUUCCUCAAUCCUGCCGAUGCCUAUGCUCCCUUCUAUCAGUGGCGCUUGGAUGAGGUGCGCUCCGGCCGUGGCACUGCCGUCUCAGCAGGCCGAGCUGGAGACGCGACGCCCGUCCCAGAAAAACCCAAAGGACCCGAACCGCCUCCAGAGUUUCAGUUCAGCGCCCGUAUGCCCAAUAUCUCUGCGCUAGAUCUUGAAGUUGUCAAACUCACGGCGCUACACGUAGCCCGCAAAGGAAAAAGCUGGAUGACUUCUCUCGCAGCUCGCGAAGCACGAAACUUCCAAUUCGAUUUUCUCCGACCUCAGCAUUCUCUAUACAAUUUCUUCCAGCGCCUGGUAGAUCAGUAUACCAUUCUACUACAGACCGGACCUGAAGGUCAAAAAGCAGAGCAGGCACGCAUACAAGCGCUCCAGGCGAACAUUCAAGAUCGAUUCCGUGUGCUGGAAAGAGCAAAGAAGCGAUCAGAGUACGUCAAAUGGCAAGACACACAAAAGCAAAAGAAAGAAGAGGCCGAGGAAGCAGAGCGUCUGGCAUACGCUCAAAUAGAUUGGCAUGAUUUUGUUGUCGUCGAGACGGUCCUCUUUACAGAAGCAGACGACCAAGCCGAUCUCCCUCCACCCACAACCCUAAACGACCUUCAAUCCGCCAGCCUCGAGCAGAAAGCUAUGAUGAGUCUGGCGAGACCGGACAUGCGCAUCGAAGAAGCUAUGCCAACGUCCGACAUGGACUAUGCUUAUGCCGGAUAUACAGACCCAUACUCUCAACAACAACAGCAGAAUGGAUACCAAAACCCCCCACCCCAGGUUCCCGAAGUCCAAAUGCCAGCAUAUACACCCUCACCCCUCCCGCCGCAACCUUCACCCGUCCCCGCUGCUAUGCCUCCCCAGAUCCCACCUCCUGCAUCGUACUCACCCGCACCUCAACCAACAGCCUCACCAGCUCCAGGCCAACCUCCUAUGCGUAUAAAGCAAGACUACGUUCCCCGCGCCCAGCAACGAGCCGCCCGCGCCGCAACGGCCCUGUGCCCGAACUGCGGUCAACAAAUCCCUGUCGCCGAGCUCGAUGCACAUUUGCGUAUCGAGCUGCUCGAUCCACGCUGGAAGGAACAACAAUCCAAGGCUGCCGCACGCUUCUCAACGACUAAUCUCGGCGGCACGGACGUCGCGGCGAAUCUCAAGCGCCUCAGAGCACGAACUGAUGGCACCGGCGCAAACUCUGGCGCAGACCCUGUGGCCGAAGCCGCGGCGCGCGUCCUCGGCGAGCAGGAGGAAGAGGAGCGGCGAAAGCGGGCCAAACUCGACAUACCGGGCCAACCACAGGUUCAGCAAACCCAACCGCCUCCAAACGUGCAGGAGCAGAUUCAAAGGAUACACAGCAAAUACGCUUCAUGA